GCAUGCGCCUGGUGCCCGCGCUUUUUUCCAAAAUGGUCUGUGCUGCUGGUGCAUGUGCUUGACUCAUCGCUUCGAGCCAUUCAAACAGCUGCGGCAUAUUUUUUUUGUUUGCCUAAUUAUUGAAGGGGCAAAGAUAACUUUGUGGCGAACCUUUAGUGCACUAGAAUUCAUCAUAAAAGUUAACAUGGUGUUGUCAGGAGUAAUUAAGUGCAGCAGACAACAACUCAAUCUGGAUGUGACGCUAACAUGUGGGCAAGCAUUUAGGUGGAAGAAGCAUCACUCUGAGUGGAUUAGCACUUUUGCGGGCAGGGUAUGGUGCCUGAGACAGGACGACGACGGAAACCUCCAUUAUCGGGUGCUUAAUGUCAAUAAUGGGUUAUGCUCACCAAAUAUUGAUAACUCACGCGUAGUACCUCGCAGCAGAAAACGGAAACGCGUGGAGAAUCUGCCAAAUUCAGAAAAUGAAGAGUUCUUGAGAGACUACUUUCAGCUGGAAGUUGACUUGGAAGACCUCUAUACUGAUUGGUGUAAUGUGGACCCUACAUUCAAGGCAACUGCCAAUUACCUCCCUGGAAUCAGAGUGCUGCGACAGGAGCCCUUAGAGGCUUUGAUGGCCUUCAUUUGCUCAUCCAACAACAACAUCACUCGCAUAAGCUCUAUGGUUGAAAAGCUGUGCACCAUGUAUGGAACUAAGCUUCUUGAUGGCAAAGAAGGGUCCUUUUAUGCCUUUCCUACGGCAGCACAGAUGGACCGAGAAGGGGUUGAGGCGGAGCUGAGGGCUGCUGGUUUUGGAUACAGAGCAAAAUAUGUGCAUGGCACAGCGAAGGCACUUGCUGCGCGGGAUCCUAUGUGGUUGCAGUCGCUUAGAGGUGCCCCUUAUGCUGAGGCACAUCGUCAACUCGUUGAACUUCCUGGUGUUGGUGCAAAGGUGGCUGACUGUGUAUGCCUGAUGGCUCUGGACAAGACUGAGGCAGUGCCAAUUGAUGUGCAUGUCUGGCGCAUGGCUACUCGUCACUACCUCCCCCACCUUAGGUCCCUGAAGAAUCUUUCAGCAGCUGCCUAUAAAGAAAUUGGUGACCACUUCAGGAAACGCUUUGGCCCCUAUGCUGGCUGGGCACAGUCUGUGCUGUUCACCUCUGAUUUGAAGAAACAUACGAAGUCCAGUCCAUCAGAAUCUGGAAACCUAGAAGAGGGUGCCACUUAAUACAGCAGACAAGGUUAUUUUCUUCCAUGGUGUCAUCCACCCUGGGAAUGUGCUAAGGAAAACAAAGAUGGGGAUGAAGGAGGGACACCUGUUGAAAAUAAAUAUUUUAUUCCAAGCAUG